AUGCGCGAUAUAGUAACUGUUCAACUACAAGAUGGAGAACGAGGAAAUGGAGCAGGUCACGGUGAUACCGAUCGUGAUUUUGACUUCGGCGCUGGAAUGUUCGUUUUUGCAGAUGAGGGACCACCGUCCGACGAUGAGGAACUGGACGAGGAUGACAGAAUGGGCUUACACUGGCUGAACGCCAUUCUCGGCUUUGAACGCGAUGCUCGAAACCGUCGCGAUCGCGACCGAGAGGACGAUCGUGAGAGGUCAGCGUCACCGAGCGAUGACUCCUCGAGUGACGCUUCCGCUGACGAAAGAGCGGAUGAUGGUGCUGAGGAACAGCCGGUCGAGGCAACGUCCGAGGUGCCCGAAGAAAAGAAUAAUGGCGAAAUGAACGGUUUAAACCAUACCGAUAAUGGAAACACUUCGAAUGAGAUCACUUCGAUGUCAACUGAUUCUGCAGCUCCGAAAGUCGAAGACGCCCACCCUGAUACGGAAGAAGUAGCGGAAGAUAGCGGUCAUGGUGAUGAGCAGAGGGAGACUGAGACUGAACCUAACGCCGACGAAGAAGCUAACAACGAGGAUCGCAUCUGGGAAACUUUCCCACACGACGUUAUGGAUCUACGGGAGUUCCUAGCGUCGAAUCGUAAUCGCGGCAGAACCGACCGAAGUAACGGGAACAACAACGAUGCAGGUGGAUCGAACCCAACUCGAAGACCACGUCCUUCAGUGUCACGACGUAGCGCCAAAAGAGCGCGCAUAGCAGACGGUGAUAACAAUGAGGAUGAGGUUGGUUAUACUGACGCAUUGUAA